UUAUAAUUUUAUUAAGAAAGAACUAGACAAUCCACCAAGAUGUUUCCCUCGAAUUUUAUGAAUGUUAUGAAAAAGAUCCAAAUUGGCGUAACAACUGAGCCCGGAGCUGGAAAUACUGCCAACGACCCAGGAGAUGGAGGAACCACUUUUGGAAAAUUAAAACAAACAAUCUCGUCCUCUCUGCUCACCGCACAAGAUAAAGUUCACAAAAUGACGCCUCGUCCCUCCCUCAUUCCCGAUUUACAGGAAGUAACCCCUCCAAGCGAGGAGAAGCCUCAACUGGAAUCGGCUCCACCUCCAACAGCUGCUCCCGUCGUCAAAACUGAGCCCGGGAAGCCUCCUAGUAGAGCAGGAGCCUGUCGAGUGUGCCUAAAAUCCUUUAAACAGGACGACUUCAGUCGGACGUGCGCAGAAUGUCAUCAACGUGUCUGCGAAGAUUGUGCCAGUUACAGCAAGCUGGCGGAACAUGAAGAUCCAGAGGAUUGGACUUGUAGUGUUUGCAGAAGGAAACUCCAAUCGAGAGCUGUUAUGCCACAGGACUCGAACGAGAGUUUAUUAGAAAUUCCAAUACAAGAGCUGCAGCGUCGGCAUUCGGAGGCCAGGUUGGGUUCGAGCGGGGGCGGAGGCGCCGGGGGGCUCAACGUCGGGGGACUAGGGAGCGGACUGGCACCCCCUCGAAGUCCGGAGUUGCGGAGGCAUUCGGACGUGUCUCCGGCUUCGCUCAAGGAGCUUGAAAAAGUAGACCUUCCAAACAUUCCCAGAGCUCAUGCUCCGAAGUUCAAAGAAGCUGGUUUGCCAAGCGAAGAAAUUUUUGAGAACGGGGCGCAGCUAAUCCUAGCAAUGUACAGUGCCCCUCUGUCAUUCAGGAAGCCGAAUGUUCCUGAUGAGUACAAGCCAAAAUGGGACCCGUUACUACAUAUGUACAGGUACAGAAUAUACAUAAAUAACGCUCUAAAGGGGAGAGUAAAUUUAGGAAAAAUUCUCCCCACACUAGACGCCAUUCAACAACAUUUAAAGAGGGUCUAUUUUUAA